UUCAGCUGAUACGGCCGUGGGGAUGCUCUCGCUCGUGGUGCUCUGCAAUUGUCUGUCUGGUACCCAGCGAUCAAGCUAUUGCACUGACUGCGGUAGCAGUCAACAAAUCAUUCAAUCUGUGGCUGCCAGCUACCAGUGCCUUUUUGCAUGUGAUCCAUUGGCCUCUCAGGAUCUGCAGACCAGUUCCCUGGGAUUUGCAGCUAAGUGAUCGUUUCUGUUAAGAUAACCAUGUUCAGAAGGAGAGUCCGAAACACAUGAAUAAUGGGAGUUGUUAAUAGUAAGCAGGCUGCUGUAAAAUGUGCUGGGGCUUUGACUUAAGGGAAGAAAGCACAGCACUGUACUGUCUCUGAUCAGGAAGCUGGAACACAGAAGAGCUCACUUCAGGUCAAAAAUGCUGAAGAUCGGAAACAUCCCAGGAUACUACUUCAGCCGAGUCUACAUCAUUGGACUAUUUUUACCUCCUCACUAAAGAUGGUCAGAAAUGAAGCAAAAUACAAGUAUGAGGAGAAGUUCUAAAGAUGAGAAGCAUAUAUGGCAGAGAAGAAAGUUUCCUUCAGCUAUUCCAUAAGAUGAACCAACGUGUAGCCGCACUGUCUGGAGGAAUCACUUUAUGCUUGUGAAUUGCAAACAGCUGGAACUACCCAACACAGCCUAUUUGACACCUGAAAAUAACCAUUGGGAUAAUUCAUUCAUGACUCACAUGAACAAUGCAGGGAAAUAAGAAACAUACAGAAGGACACAGUGACUCCUCGAGUAUUGGGAGUCUCCUGGAUGACACAGACAGAGAGGUGAGCAGCCUCACAGCCCGGGCUUUCAAAAGUUUAUGUGUGGCAGAACUUGAAGACUCUUACAAUGAACCAGAUCUUGCCAUUUCACCUGACUUCACUCGCCAGUUCUCUGCUAAAUUUCACCCAGGGACGUUAAACCAUGCCAUCAAGAAGAGCAAUGUCUGCAACAAGCUAACAGCAAGAAACAAUGAACAAGCAAUAUGGGCUUCGACAUUCCAGCAAUUACCAAAACGUGCUCAGGAGGAGAAAAAGACUGCUAAAAUUAGCACCCUUGGCACAGAAAGGAGAAAGCUGAAUUUGCCAGCCCCUGGGCCAAGGAACGAUAAACAUGUUUCAAAAGUGUCCUCUCUGAUUAAGACAUUUGAUAAGACUGAAAACCAAGAGUCAGGAAGUUCCCUGGUAGCCAUUAAGCAGCCCAUUAAAAAUAGCUUUCAAAAAUGUAAAGUAAAUCAUGGAAAUAAUAUGGCUUGCUGGGGUGACACAGCCCUUUUAAGCAUCCAGAAGGAACUUUCUGAAUUUUCUGAUGCUUGUCCAGAUAGCCACCAUCUCAGUGGCAAAAAUGAGCCACAGAAAAGGCCUAAUAAAACAGAUCAGAGGUAUUGUGGUCCCGAUGAUAGUUAUUGUCCUGUACUGAUUGAGAUGUCAAAAGUAGCCAAGUCAAAUUUCUCCCGUUUUUCUAAAAAGGCUGUCAAAAACAGAAGCGUGAAAGUUAAUGAACCAACAAAAAAAGGUAAUUUUCUUCACAGUGAGAACAGUGCUUUUGAAUCAUGGAAUGUCCAUCAUAAAAAACUGGCUGAAAAAGAGGAAUUUGUUGAUAAAAUAAUGAAAAAAGAAGGUCUUACAUACCUUGAAGAAGCACCAUUUAUUAAAGGAGCCCGCACACGUGAACAUAAAUUACCACCUGUCAAGACCACUACUGCUAGAAAGCAGGAGAAAGAUUUUCAAAUUGAGCCAACUCCACCAGAAACUGCUUUCAGUGUCCCCCUCCCAACUGUAUACGUACCUCAGGGCCCUCUCCCGGUCCCAUCAGGAACCGAAUUUCAUGUUGCUCUUCCUCCUCCACCCACCUCUAGGAUCCACACACACCAGGGCCCUCCUCCAAAACCCCCUGUCCCUGAAGCCCCUCUUGUGGCUCCAGCCCUGGUUUCCCCCCCUGUUGUGUCCCAGGCCCCCAUCUCACCCCAGUCUGUGUCCUACAGGACCAUUUCUCCCUCGCCCCCAUCCCAGGCACCUGGCCUGCCUGCCCUGGGACCCCCGGCCACGUUGACUGAGGAGGAAGCCCUCAGUCCCCAGCUAGGUAGUACCUGUCCGCCGUGGAGGAGACAGAGGAUUACAAAAGGUGCAGCAGAGAGGAGACAGACUUCAAAGCAGACGUUCAUGUCCAACAGCAAGACAUGCUUGCUGCCUGAAAAGGCCGCUGCAGCUGAACCUUUCCUGGACGCAACUCCUUGGACUAAACAGGCAAACUCCCCGGGAUCAAGCAGUCCCUCUUUCAACAUCACCGAACUCUUAACACCCGUCAUACCACCAAAACAAGAGGCAGAUCCUACAGAAAGUGAGCUGAUCCCAGCGGUGCCUCCUCCCACCGAGAGUGUGGCAGGGAGAGAACACGAGGGGAGUGGGCUUGCUGAUUACCAAUCUCGGGAUAGUUACAAAUCUAAAGCAACAAGUUUGUUAUUCAACUUGAAGGAUGUCCGUAAACGUGUUAAAAGCAUUUAUACCCCUUCUCCUAUGUUGAGGACCUUGGAGGAUAGAAAUAAGACUAAGGAAAGUAUUACACAGGAGAGCGUAAAACUGAAUGACUUGCUGUCGACUUUGCAAGAAGACAGUAACAAAAAGAUUGCAGAAAAGGAUGAAACAGGUGACAUAACUUCUGUUUUAUCUGACAAUGUUCAUGAAAAGGACAAUAAAGCUGAUUUAGUUGGAUCCUUCAUGGAUAAUUAUCUGACUUUGAGUUCACCCCAGACAACAACAGAUCCUUUGUUUUACCAAACCAGAGACAAUUUGCAGCAAGAUGAUUCAAAACAUGAAGAUCUUGUUAAAAGCGCUAGAGGUAAUGAAAACUUCCCCUUGUUCAGACAUCAAUCAAAAGAACUUGAUUUAAGAAAAAGUCUGUACUAUCCAACCCUGAAACCAUACAGUAGAAGCAAUGCAGAUACAACAGCUGGGCAGCCAAUGCAAAAUCCCGGUUUCCGAGGUGAGGAAAAUGAGAGACAGCCUGAUAAUCAGAAUGAAAAUUUUGCCUUCAAAGCCCUCCCAAACCAACUUUCACCGGCAGAGGAUGUGCCUUACAGUGAGAACCAAACCAGUAUGCUAGUAACUGGCAAUGAAAUAAAAGGCAAAAGAAGCGCUAGUUCUUCCGAGCAGUCUUUCGUGUCCACGGUAGAGCAACCCUUUCAGGAGGAACCGUUUCCAUUGGUGCCACUGACUCAGAAGGCAUGCCUUCAAGAAAACCAGAGGAAUAAGAGUGAAAUGAGUGCUGACAGUAAGAAAAGCCAUAAGGAGAGAGAGAAAGCAGUUGGGGAAGAUGCACUGCAAUAUUAUGCUUGUAUCAGUUCUGGUACUAGUUCAACAGAGAGGAAUGAGAGUAAGGUUACUGGGAAUGAACAGAGAAGCCUGAUAAAAGAGAAAAUGAGAAGAGAGAAAAAGGAAGAGGCCAACAGCGUGGAUUCUGCUUUGGACAGUAUAAAGGACACAUCCACCUCCAGGUCUGAGGAGCCACAAACACCACCAUCUUCAAGCUCAUUCAAACCCAGUAUGUUUAUGAUUAAAGAUAACACAUUCAAGUCACCUCAGGUAAUAAGGGCUGUCAAGCUGCCCCUGUUUAGGUCCUUUUCCUUAGAUGAUACAGUGAGCAGCAGUUAUAAGGAAAUGGAAAGUAGAUUUAUGGCCACUGCAGACAACAAGCAGUGCCGAGACAUGUUGCAUGUCCCAGAGUUAGACUGGUUGUUGUCAAGACCCAGAGUGCAAAAGAAUGUGAGGGAAGGAGCAGCUAGCAGAAAGAUAGAAGCUUGUGAGCCUGGAUCUACUUCAGCAACACUGGACCCCAGUCUUCCGGAAGAUGUAGAGAGCUUUCCAUUAGGGAAGCUGAUGGAAGAAGAUGAAGACACUUGUGUUUUGUUGAAUAAAGCAGGGAAAAAGAAUGAGGAGAGCAUUUGCAGAAGUGAAGAGAAACCCAAGACUGGGAAGGAAAGACACAGGUUAACACAGCCAAAUUUAGGUCUGGAAAAUGACCAAGCACUAGACAACCCAAACUGUCCUGCAGAAGGAAAGAUUAAUUACUUUAAGAACCAUCUUUUAUCUAAUCGCAGAGGUGGGUCUUGUGCGAAAAAAAUAAUCACUAGGGAGACAAGUUCCCCUGUGGCAGGUUCCAUGUCAGAGGACUACACAUAUUCUCCUGUAUCCCAUGAAGUUUUAGAGGACAUCCUACCCGUGGAAGGCACACCAGUCUUGUUAGACAAUCUCACAUGUUCUGCUGUAACAAGCCCCAGGUCAGGGAGCACAAUGCACUCUCUUCUUACCAGAUCACCGUCAGAGAAACCAACAAUUUCUAGCCUCAGAGAGGCAGAGGACGUUAUAAACCCUGCCUUGCUAAACAUGGCAAUAAAGAACCAAGCUGAUGUAUCUGCUGAAGAGAUACUUGAUUCAGCGCAGGGGAAUCUGCAUUCCGAUUCUGCAGGGACAGCUGAGAGACUGGAGCUCAGGGGCCCUGGGGGGAGAGCAGCAGGCAAGCCUCCUGCUGUGCCACCGAAAACCGAAAAGGCUCUGCGGCGGGCCAAAAGGUUGGCAAGCAAGAGAAAGAAAAUAGAAGAGCAGCAGAAAAAACAUCUGACAGAGCAUACAGCUGCUGGCAGGAGAAAGCCAUCUCAGUCUGGGCAGAUGCUAGCACUUCCCUCACCCGUGGGAGAUUCUCCUCUCCAUCCUGCCCUUCACUCAACUUCUACUCCUACAGAAACAAGUAUGAGAAGACUCAGUGGUACAUCAGCAGUAAGCCCUUCACCCUCUUCAACCCAGCGUAAACUCCUGCAAGACCCUGACUCUGGCCAAUACUAUGUAGUUGAUUUACCAGCUGAAGUUAAUUUAAAGACAUUUUAUGAUCCAGAAACUGGCAAAUAUAUCCAAGUAUCAGUCUCUUCCUCAGAAGGGAACUUACACCAAACCCCCUCUUCAGAAAUGAUAAAUCCUCCGUAUGCCUCCUACCCUAGAGUGCUGCCUUUGCCAGCUUCAUCUGUAGCAGCACUGAAGUCACCGUCUCAGCUCUCUGAACCUACCUGGUUAAUGCAAGAUGUACCAGGAGAGCCAGAAGAACUACCUGAAAAUCACCAACAGGACUACAGAUACGUUGAACCUGUAGAUAGCCAGCCCUGUAUUGAUCCAGCCUCUUACUCCCACAAUCAAUAUGCCAAAGAAACUCAAGUUCACUUAGGAAAGGAUGUGAGUCCAACCCCAAAUACAGAUACAGUAUCCCUCACUGAUUUAGAUGAUUUUGUAGCUGAAGGGGUAUCUUGAAAGCUAAAGUUGCAAAAUACGCCAACUACUGUUUUUAAGAUCUGUUUGGACAGACACAUGCACACACAAGCACAUGUAGAUUUGAUGUUUGUAAAACACUGUUUAUCUGAAUCUCACUGUGGUUUGGGUGGAAAGGAAAACGAAGGCUGAGCAUAUUGCAAGAAGAGAAGUGAUGACUACUCAGAAGAAGUGUGAUAUUGAGUCCCAAAUCAUCAGUGAUAUAAAGGGGGCAAUGCCAGCUAAACAAAUCCAUAUGACAGUAUGAAGCCACCUGCUUGCUGUUGCUGCUGCUUUGCCAUUACGGUGGCUGGGAUUGCCAAAGCAAGUGUCAUUUUGCCCAGAUGUGUUGCAUGAUAUAUGACACAAAGUAAAACUUAUGAGACCAUCCUGUCUAUCCUGUGAGAUUAGGACAGACGCCGCAUCAGCUGAACUUUCCUCACUCACUGCCUUUAAACUAUAUUGACAGGUAGAAAGUACAUGGCUACAAAUAUGCCAUCAACCCAAGAUUCAUUUUUUUGCACACAUUGAUUACCUAGAUGUUAUUGACAAGAAGAUUGUAUGUGGAUACACAGUGCAACACAACGUCCUUAUCGAAAAACCCUUUAACAACCAGAGUGCAAUUGCAGCUACUCAAGACUUCUCAUAUACCUUUGCAGUGUCCACUAACAUGCUGCUGAAAUCUUUAAAUUUGUUGAUAAUCUCCAAAUAUGCUCCCCCAGAAUCAGGGGUUGUUUAUAAUUCAGCUUUAAACUCAUUUUGAAAACUUGGCCUGAUAUAUUAUGGUAAAAGGAGCAAAGUUGAAUGAAAUCCCAUUGCAGUAUUUAUAUUUUGGUUAGGAUGAAAAGACUUUUGCUUGUUAUAAUUGAAAUGCCUUUUUUUUUUUUUUCCUUGUCAGGCUCCCAGUGAAAUACAGAGCUAAAUUUCAAAACCUGAAAAAUGUUGUUCCUGGUUUUGGACUUGUGCAUUCUGUGAUUUAAAAAAUAAAGACAUAAAACAUUCAAAGUAUUAAUUUCUAGAAAAGGGCUAUAAGAAAGAAACUUCUUUGGAAGAAUCUGUAUCAAACUUUAACUCACCCUUGCUUAAGCUCUUUUUUAAUCAUCUAUUGUAUGGUACCUUCUCCAAAACUGCAUAAUAAGAGAACCUAGGUGAAAAGAUGGUAAUAUUGAAUGUAGUGUGCCUGCUUAUAAAUAUCUAUAUUUGGAGUAUUGA